CUCUCUCUCCCUCUCUCUCUCAGAGAAUAUACUCGGUUUAGCCUUUUUGUCUUUUGAUUUUGUUGCCUUUUAUUUUUUGUUUGGGUGUUGAGUAAAAGAGGAUUUCUGUUUGGCUGCUUAGAAAAUGUGGGAUUUUUUUGGACUGUUGCGACUUCCUUUGUUGUAGCUGUAUUCGUUGUUUUUCCCUUUUCCACGGCUGACAUUCAGUCUCAUUCAUAUAAAUAACAUUAUGUAAGAUUAGACUCACUUUUUAUUUGAGUUCUAGAACCUGCACAUCCCAUGAUCACUCUAUGAUGUGGAUUUUUGCUCUUUGGAUUUUUAGCUUGCAAAAUUAUAUACAUAUGUAAUGACCUCUUGAUGUAACUCAGUUGAAACUUAUUGUAGUUUCUAAUUGCAAUUCUACAAGCAAUAUUUCACUAAUUGCUUUUAGUUUGAAUUUUUCUCAUCGUUUUCUACUAACAAAAAGCAUCAAAACAAUUUCUAUCAAAAUGUUUCACAUCUUAUUGUGGGAGCGUUUGGGAGAAAACGAAAUGGAGAAGGGGAGCAGAAAUGGCUUCUGAAGAGAGGAAAUUGGUGCUGGGGAAAGGGAGAAAGGGGAAAUGGCCGCUGGGGAGAGGAAAUUGGCACGGGCAGAGGAGAAAGGAGGGGAUACUGCUUGAGGGAGGGGCAAGAAAUGAAUAUUUUUUUAUUAUGCAUCAAAUCUUAAAUGACGAGUUCAGUCUUGUGGAGGAGAUUUUCACGCCCUACUUUGUUGAGACGAUUAUCAUCGUGUAUUUUGAUGACUCGUCAAAAUAUAUCGAUAUCAUAGAACAAGCACUUAUGGAGGAAGCCCCACUCGAUCUAGCCAAGCUGGAUGAGUUUCUAAAUCUGCUCAAACGCUGCUCCAGAUUUGGUGCUCAAAGGUUGCCCAUUGAGAUUAAUAAAGUUCUGGAAUGUUGCAACGCAAACGACAAGGAAGGGAGUAAGGCUGCAUUCCAGAUGGUAAAGGAGGAGUACACCACUUUGAAGGACAGACUGGACGCCUAUAUAGAGCUGACGCAUCGAGCUCAGAUUGCAGGGUUAUCUAAGCGCUCAAGUGCAGGAGGGAGUAGUACUAUAUGAUUUUUGAGUCCCUGGAAAUAAUAAUGAAUACUAUAUAUAGUCAGCCAUUUUUUCUCUGCAUGCGUACUUGCUAUUGCUACAUAUAUAUGUUUUAAGAUCUGGUCCUUAAUGUCUCCUACUCCUAGCUUGGGAAACUAUUUCUUUGUUUAGUCUGUAAUAAAGGUUCUUAUAUAUAUGUUGACAGUAUGCAUACUAAACAUCAA